AUGAGGAUGCAGCUGGGCUUGCCUGUGGGUUGCAUGCUGGUGCUCAUGCUGAUGACCACGGUGCUGACAAGGACAGGAACAGUUCCGGUCCCCACGCCCCUCAGUGCCCUCCCGGGUGCAAGGGGCUGCCCCAUGGCCCAGUUCAAGUUUCUGCCCCCACAAGACAUGAAGGCCUUCAGGAGGGCCAAGGACGCCUUGGAGGAGUCACUCCUGCUGAAGAACUGGAGCUGCAGCUCCUACCCAUUCCCCAGGACCCGGGACCUGAGGCAGCUGCAGGUGUGGGAGCGCCCUGUGGCCUUGGAGGCUGAGCUGGCCCUCACACUGAAGGUCCUGGGGACCAUGGCUAACUCCACCCUGGGGGACAUCCUGGAGCAGCCCCUUCACACUCUGCGCUACAUCCACACCAAGCUUCAGGCCUGUGUCCCAGCUCAGGCCACAGCAGGCCCCAGGCCCCGGGGCCACCUCCGCCGCUGGCUGCGCCGCCUCCAGGUGGCUUCAAAGAGGGUGUCCCCUGGCUGUCUUGAAGCCUCUGUGACAUUCAACCUGUUCCGCCUCCUGGCCCGUGACCUGAACUGUGUCGCCAGUGGAGACCUGUGUGUCUGA